AUGAGCAUCCCGAGCCGAUCGCCACACGGCCAAAGCCACGGGCCCCACAAAAGCUCUUCGUACGCCGUGAGUUACGCCGAAUGUCUCAAGAACCAUGCGGCGGCAGCCGGAGGCACUGCCGUCGACGGAUGCCGGGAGUUCAUGGCCGGAGGCAGAGAGGGCGCCAUAGAAUCCCUCACAUGCGCCGCAUGCAAAUGCCACCGGAAUUUCCACAGGAGAAUACUAUUAAUGCAUGUGGAAGCUCCGGCUGCUGGUGGCGGAAGGGAGAAGAAGAGGUUCCGGACGAAGUUCACUGGCGAGCAGAAGGAGGCGAUGCUCGGUUUUGCCGAGAAGGCCGAGUGGAAACUGUCGAGGGUCGAUGAAUAUGAGGUGAGGCGGUUUUGCGAGGAGAUUGGUGUGAGUAGGAAAGUGCUCAAGGUGUGGAUGCACAAUAAUAAGUAUAAAUUUGCCAAGAAUAAGAACAAUUGA